AUGGACCCGGUUUCAAUCGUAGGUAUAUCGUUCAAACUUCCCCAAGGAGUUGAAGACGAAGAUGCGCUGUGGGAUGUCCUUGCCAAUGGAAGAAAUUUGAUGACGAGCUGGCCGACAACUCGUGCCGACAUCAAUGCGUUCUACGGCACCGAGCCAGGCAUGCCUAAUAAACUCUACUCUCGUGGAGGACAUUUCCUAGCUUCUGAUAUUGAAGCUUUUGAUGAGCCAUUCUUUUCAAUUCACACGAAAGAAGCUGCAUCGAUGGAUCCUUCUCACCGAAUGGCUCUUGAAGUUGCUUACCACGCUUUGAGAAUGGUAACUGGUAUCACAAUGGAAGAGCUGCGUGGGUCUCGGACUGCUGUCUUUGGAAUUACAACGUCGGAUGACUACCGGCGAAUUCUCUCCAAGGAUGCUGAUACUCUACCCCGAAUGUCUGUUAUGGGAGUGGCUUCGUCAAUGCUUCCUAAUAGAGUGAGCUGGUUCUUCGACCUACAAGGCCCAAGUGUUAGUGUGGAUACUGCCUGUUCUAGCAGUAUGGUGGCAAUGGACAUGGCGCGCCAAUCCAUCAGCAGUGGUGACGCUUCCAUGACUUUGGUCAUUGGCACGAACCUCAUGUUGAGUCCAGAAUUAUCAAUAUCUCUUGAUAACAUGGGCUUCCUAUCUGCCGAUAGUGUUUGCUACAGCUUUGACCACCGCGCAAAUGGAUACGGGCGAGGCGAAGGCGUAAUUGCUAUGGUUUUGAAGCCGCUAUCAGAUGCAGUACGAGAUGGGAAUACUAUUCGAGCAAUAGUCCGGUCGACUGGGUCAAACCAGGAUGGCCAUACGAACGGAAUGACACAGCCCAGCGUGAAGUCGCAGGAGUCAAUCAUUCGCGAUGUCUAUCACAAGGCUGGACUCGAUUUCCAGACAACUCGUUACAUCGAGGCACACGGGACCGGCACUCCCAUUGGUGACCCGAUCGAAAUGGAAGCUAUUGGAAAAGUAUUCAGGUCGUUUGGAUCUACAGAGAAACCCCUAUAUGUUGGGUCAGUGAAGUCAAAUAUUGGCCAUCUAGAAGGGACUAGCGGACUGGCUGGGAUCCUUAAGGCUAUCCUAGUCCUGGAAAGGGGUAUCAUACCUCAGAACGCUCUCUUUGAGAGAAUCAAUCCCGACAUUGAUACCGUUUUCUGUUGUACAGAGGUCCCAGUCAGAAACGUUGUGUGGCCAGUGGCCGGCCAGCGCCGCGUGUCUGUGAAUUCCUUUGGAGUCGGAGGCACGAAUUCGCAUGCCAUUCUCGAUGACGCAUUCAACUAUCUCCAAAGCCACUCACUAGUAGGAUUCCACAACAGUGGUUUUCUCAAUAGUACAGAUAAGCCAUACGAACAUAUCGAAUCCCGAGACAGCAAAGGAACCAUGAAGCAUCCCAGUUCGGAGGGGGUGAUGAGGCUACUCGUUUGGUCCGCUAAGGAUGAACAUGCGUUGAACAGUAUGAUUCAGUCAUUCCAGACCUUUUAUGAGGAACGAAUCUUGGACGAUCCCAUUAAGCUUGAUCAACUGGCCUACACGUUAUCUGCUCGGAGAACAAGAAUGUUGUGGAGGUCAGGUGCGGUUGUUUAUUCUUCACCUAACGUUAACAGAGGUGCAAGAUUGACAAUGUCAAAACCUUGCCGAGCUACAGCCGAAAGGGAUCUUGCAUUCAUUUUCACCGGCCAAGGCGCCCAGUACGUAGGGAUGGGUUUAGAACUUCUUUGUUACCCUGUGUUUUCACAGAUGAUGCGUGAAAUCGAGGAGAUCUACAUACACCUAGGCGCAGAGUGGUCUUCACUAGACGCUAUGCGAGACAAAGACAAAAUUGAUUUGCCCGAGUACUGUCAGCCACUCUGUACCGCGCUUCAGAUUGCCCUUGUGGCUUUGUUAAAGUCUUUUGGAAUCACCCCUGCUGUAGUGGUGGGGCAUUCAUCAGGCGAAAUCGCGGCUGCAUAUUCCAUAGGUGCACUUACACUGAAAUCCGCCUGCAAGACGGCCUUUUACCGAGGGCAGUUAGCAAGUAAGCUUCAGGCUUCAACGGCACCUAGAGUGAUGCUUAACGUCAACCUCGCUGAGGACAGCAUCCUGAACUAUAUCACCGCGCUGAAACAAGAAUCAUCUGAGGCACUUCAUGUUGCCUGCAUCAACAGCCCUUCGAAUUGUACAAUAUCAGGAGGCGAGAAGAUAAUUGGUCACUUGGAGAAACGACUUCGAAUGGACAAUAUAAUCGCCAAGAGAUUGAGAGUGGGCGUGGCAUACCACUCCCCCGCCAUGGAAGUCAUUGCAUCAGAUUAUCAUCAGGUUUUGGGAAUCCUCGAGGAAGCCGAACACAAUGGCACUAUCAUGAUCUCUUCCGUCACUGGGAGUCCAGUCAAUGCGGCAGAACUAUCCCAGCCUCGGUAUUGGAUUGAAAAUCUGACCUCUACCGUUAAAUUUUCCGACGCAGUGACAAAAAUUGUCAGCGAUUUCGUAGGUAAGAAAGGGAUUCCGGAUCUUCUUGAAAUAGGUCCACAUUGUACGUUACGCCGGCCACUAAGAGAAAGCCUUGGUGAAACAUACAUGAACCAGACUGUGUAUCUCAAUACACUGGAGAGAAGUGUUGGAUCGAAACUCGCGAUAUUUGAACUGCUCGCCCAACUGUAUUCACAUGGCCACCAAGUCCUCGUUGAAGUCGUCAACCAGCAAGAUUCAGAUAACAAGCAUAGUGUUCCUUCUCUGAUAGACUGCCCCCGAUACUCUUUUAACCACUCGACCAAAUAUUGGUUUGAAUCUCGGUUGAGUCGCGACUAUCGUCUGCGACAAAAGCCUACCCAUGACCUUCUUGGAAUAGCUUCGCAUGAUUGGAAUCCAUUAAGACCAAAGUGGAGGAACUUUCUCAAUUUUGAGACAAUGCCGUGGAUUGCGGAGCAUAUCAUUGAUGGCACUGCUAUGAUUGUUAUAGCAGUCGAGGCCGUAAACCAAUCUAUAGCUGCAAAUCAAAGUGCACGAGCCUACCUCUUAAAAGAAGCAGAAUUCAUCAGCCCAAUCAUAGUAACCAGCGAUGACACCACCGAAAUGGCAGUCGAAUUGGAUUACUUGCUGAAGCCCUUCGAAAAAGAAACUUCCUGGUUUGAUGUGACAAUCAGUACAUAUUCGAAAGAUUGUUGGACUAAGUGCUUCCGGGCUACUAUACACGUUGAGUACGAUGGACCAGCCACGGAAGUUGAUGGUGGUCUGGAAACCAAUCUUGCCAAUGAGCGAGCGUUACAGCGCUAUCAAGAAGCCGAGAAUUCGUGCCAAGAUAUAGUUGAUACGACAGCAUUUUACAAGGGGAGCGCUGACCAUGGAGCCAUCUAUGGAGCUUCAUUCCAGUUACUGCAGGAUGUUCGCUGGAUGGUCACGAAACCUCCAUUGCUCGGGUUAAUAUGGCACGGCCGGGUAAAAUGGGUAGUUUUUGUGCACCCAGCAGUACUUGAUACAGCGUGCCAACUGGCUCUUGUGCAGUGUAUAAACAAAACUACUAUGAUUCCCCGCAAACUCAAGAACGCUUGGAUUGCACGAGACGGGUGGUCUAAGACCCCUAAUAUCAACAUGAUGGCAACAUGGAACACGAAGGAGAGUGUCCCAGGAAUCGAUGUUUCUAUACAUGUGCUGGAUCAAAAUGGGUCCUUGUUGUGGAAUAUUGAGACAUUAUCGUUUCUCCCUGUAGCAAGCCCUAUGAGGCCGAUGGAAUCCAAACGACGGAUAUUUCAUGAGAUUGAUUGGAAACCGCAGUUGAGUUUGAUGAGCCGAGAGAAUCUACGCCGCUGGUGCGCCAUAGAUGAAUUUCCCAUCCUUCCAACGGAGCUGAAGUCUUUCUACCGACGUUUGGAGAAUCUGCUGGACAAGGUCAUUCGGGCGACGUUACUACGCAUAUCCGAGAAAGACCUUGAGAACACACCAAGACAUAUACCUCAACUUAUCAGUUGGAUGAAUCGCCGGGUUCAACAUAUGCCCCCUUCCGUCCGAGAAAAUGUAACCUGUCAGGACGAACUAACAUCCGAGUUAGAGGAGUUAGGAGAACAGCAGCCACCUUACAAAAUAUUCACUACGGUCGCACGCCAUUUACCAUCUAUAAUACGCGGUCACGUCGAUCCGUUAGAACUCAUCUUCAGCACGAAGUUGGCAGAGGCUUUUUACACUGAACUGUUCAACCGCAGCUGCGAUUUUAGGCUGCAGAACUUUAUAAACUUGGUGUUACAUGAGACUCCUGGACUCAGAAUUCUUGAAGUUGGAGCGGGCACAGGUACAAUGACCCGCUAUAUACUAGACUUUCUCCAGGAAUUCGAGACAUCGAGCGGAGCAGAGGCAUUCGCCGAAUACAUUUAUACGGACGUUUCGCCGGGUUUCUUCAACGCUGCCAGCGACCGCUUUGGACAACGCUUUGGGAACAGAAUUAAAUUCAUGGUAUUCGAUCUUGAGGGUGAAACGCAUCGACAAGGCUUUGAAGAUGCUUCUUUCGAUAUGAUUAUUGCUGGAAGUGUGCUCCAUGCUACUAGGGACAUUUCCUCAACCCUCUGUGGCCUGCGCAGGUUGCUUAAGACUGGAGGUCAUUUGGUGAUCCUUGAGGUGCUGAUGCCUCAUGCAGUGCCCCCGAAUCUUGCUUUUGGUGUACUACCUGGUUGGUGGCUCAGUGUAGAGGAGUGGCGACAACAUGGUCCAGCAGUUGACGCGAACAGAUGGAACAAUCUACUUGAAGCUACUGGGUACUCGGGUAAUGACCUGGUAAUCAGAGAUUCAGGGGAACCCGCAUUCCACAUCUGUGGUAUCAUAAUCACAAGGGCCGUUAGUCAACAGUCCCAAAUAGUAACUAAAGCAACCCAGAAGCCAUCGAUCAUCCUAAUCAUUGACGAAACGUCCGCCGCACAGAUGUGUUUAGCAGAUGCCCUUUGUCAAGACAUAGGGACCGCGGUGGUUGUGCUACUGGAGGUGGAGAAGACGUUCCUUUAUCACAUAGGAGAACAGGACUUCGUCCAUCUUCAAAAGUUGUUCAAACGUACCAAAAUGCUACUAUGGGUUUCAAUACCGAGCCAGAGAGAGAUAGACGAGUCGGAGUACCCGCAUUACAGCCUUUCCAAAGGACUAUUGCGAGCUGUAAGAUCAGAAGAUCCGGAAAGGCACUUUGUCAUCGUGGCUUUUGAGUCGCAUACUAUUAGGUCGACAAGCAGCUCUAAGGAGAUAGUUGCUAUUCUGAACGUCUCCUUCGGGCACACAUCAAGAUCCCCCGAAGUAGAAUAUAUUGUACGCCACGGCCAUAUACUGACGGCCAGAGCACUGGAAAAUAAGAAGUUGGACGAGACCGUGGAAGCAUUCAUUAAUCCUCAACUUCAGGCUUCACCCUGGCUAUCUGGGCCACCUUUGAUGUUAUCUGUUGGAAAGAGGGGAAUGCUUGACAGUCUAGGAUUCGUUGAAGAUAUUUUGCCCCGACAUGAAAUCAGCCCAGACGAGGUCGAAAUUGAAUCUAAGGCGUGGGCGCUUAGCUUUCGGGACGUUUUUGUUGCCCUCGGUCGAUUGCCCGGGCAAAGUUUGGGCUUAGAUUGCUCUGGCAUCGUUACUCGCGCUGGUAUUCAGACGGGGUUUGUUCAGGGUGAACGCGUUUGCAUGAGCUCCAUAGGAUGUAUGCGACGCCACCCGAGAGCAAAGUCUCGCGCCGUAUUUAGAAUCCCAAAUGGUGUAUCAUUCGAAUCUGCAGCAUCUAUCAUGAACCCGGCGACUGCGGCAUAUUAUUCUUUAAUCCAAGUCGCCAGAUUGCAAAAAGGUGAAAAGGUCCUUAUUCACUCUGCUGCUGGGAGUACGGGGCAACUAGCUAUCCAGAUAGCGCGGAUGGUGGAAGCUGAAAUAUUCGCCACUAUCGGAUUUGAUGACAAAAAACAACUUUUGAUAGACCAUUUUGGUAUUAAACCCGAUCACGUCUUUUACAGCAGGGACACCUCUUUUGCCAAUGGUAUCAGGCGCAUGACUGGAGGCUAUGAGGUGGAUGUGGUGUUGAAUUCCUUAUCGGGAGAUGGCCUCCAAGCAUCCUGGGAAUGCAUGGCCCCAUAUGGCCGGUUUGUCGAGAUUGGUAAAGCUGACAUAGUGGGAAAUUCUUCCCUUCCUAUGGCUGGCUUUUCUAGAAAUGUGAGCUUCUUUGCCGUGGAUUUGUAUCACGUCUUGGAAUCAGGCAACCCAUCAGGAUACAAGAUCCUGGAAGAAAUAUCGGCCUUACUCGAUGCGGGACAUAUCCGCUAUCCUAGCCCUCUGCACAUCUUCUCCGUGUCGGAAAUUGAGAAGGCUUUUCGCUUUAUGCAAAGCGGUCGAAAUACAGGGCGGAUCAUCAUCAAACCUAACGAUUGUGACAUUGUUCAGAAACGGCUUCUCGAAACACGUGAGUGGAUAUGCGAUAAGGAGGCUUCUUACGUCGUAGUGGGUGGUCUUGGAGGUAUCGGUCGAGCUAUCCUUCGUUGGCUCGCUAAAAAAGGAGCCCGGCAUUUACUCGUCCCGUCAAGAUCCGGAGGCAUGGGAUCCGUGGAGGCAAGUAAAACCAUCUCGGAGCUUCGACAACUAGGUAUUAAUGUCGUGGCUCCAAAAUGUGAUGCCUCGUCGGAUUCUGAGCUCUCUAAAAUGAUAGCGGAGUGUGCCAUAACAAUGCCGCCAAUCCGCGGAUGUAUCAAUGGUGCUAUGGUGCUUCAGUCGCAGCUCACCAUUCGCUCUAAAGCGCAUACGGCUUGGAAUCUGCACAAGCUUCUCCCUCAUUCUCUUGAUUUCUUUAUUCUUUUGUCGUCUCUUGCGGGUACCUAUGGUACGCCGGCCCAGUCAAAUUAUGCCGCGGGAUGCGCCGUUCAGGAUGCCGUUGCGCAUUACCGCAUCCAAAAAGGAGAGAAAGCAGUCUCUCUGGACAUUGGUUGGAUGCGGACUACAGGCAUUAUAGCCGAGAACAAGCGAUACCAAGAAUAUAGACAAAACACGGCAGAUAUGGGGCAGAUUGAAGAACACGAACUGAUGUCUAUACUAAACAUCUAUUGUGAUCCGAAUCUACCACUACUUUCCAGUGGCAAAACCCAACUCCUGAUUGGCAUGGUGACGCCAGCGGACUUCCUCGCGCGCGGCGUAUCUGUUCCAAACUGGGUGGACCAACCGCUCUUUCGGGGCUUUUCGAGAUAUUCCAAUGACGAAGCCCGAGGCCGUAUAAUGCAAGCCUUAGAGAGUCCACGGGCCCGGUUCAAGAAAUCAAUAAGUUCAACCGAGCGUUCAAAGGUCGUAGUGGAAACACUGGUGGCCAGGCUUUCUCGAGCGAUUUCGGUUGUACCAGAAGAUAUCGACCCCAACCAUAGUCUCUCUAACUAUGGGGUCGAUUCACUCGUAGCCGUCGAGUUGCGGAAUUGGAUACAUGAUUCUUUUCAAGCUAGCGUUGCUGUCUUUGAUAUCAUGGGUGGCAACACUAUCGCCGCCAUUGGAGAUUUAAUCGCGAAUAGGAGUGAGUUCGCGAUGGGUACAAAAUAA